AUGUACACCCCAGGCAGGGAGAGAAAGGGUGGAUUAGCAGCAGCAGCAGCAGCAGCAGCAGCAGCAGCACAAGCAGCAGCAGCAGCAGCAGUUGCAGCAUCUUCAACAACAACGAGACAAUCGACAGCAACAAAUCCGAGCACCAGCAGCAGCACGAGCAGCAGCAGCACCACCACCAGCACGAGCAGCAGCAGCAGCACCAGCAGCAGAGCAGCAACAGCACCACCACCACCACCACCACCAGCACCAGCAGCAGAGCAGCAACAGCACCACCACCAGCGCCAGCAGCAGCACCACCACCAGCAGCAGCAACAGCAGCAGCACCAGCAGCAGCAGCAGCAACAGCAGCAGCAGCAGCAGCAGCAGCAGCAGCAGCAGCACCUGUGCGAUAUCAUCAAGAGAGUCAUCUGCAUCGAUAGCAGCAAAAUCAACGCCAGGGAAAUUCCCCAACAAAAAACGCAGCCGCAUCAACUCUAUAAAAUCCUGCAGCAGCAGCAGCAGCAGCAGCAGCAGCAGCAACAGCAGCAGCAGCAGCAGCAGCAGCAGAGGCAGCAACAGCAGCAGCGCUGA